AAUACCUCCUAUCUGCCAUUUUUUGUGAAAAUGAGAUAUUGGUAGAUUCAUAAUCGGCGCGUACUAAUGCACCUAUCUGUAACUUCUCCUUUCGUUAAAUAAAGUUCGAAAUGGCUGAAAAGUUGUAUUUCAAUUUCUCCCACUGAAAUCUUAAUGAUUUUUGUCAUGCAAAAUCUCCUAAAUCAACAGUUUAUUAGGUGAUGUCAUAAGAGGAUUGUACCUCCGUUCAAGUGUAGUGUGUUUAACGUCGAAAACUGGUUCUCGUUGAUAGGAGGUAUUGCAUUAUACUGAAAGUACCUGGAUAAUUUUAAUAGGAGAAAAUAGCACAUCGAUUUUUUGUUGGAUCCCCAUUUAGAAGGCUGCCAAAGGUUUUCCGGACUCAAAAUAGUCAUGUUUUCAAGGCGCACUGAAAAAAUUCUGUCAUUGGCCCAAUCGCAAAUCGAUGUUGUCGACUCAAGCAAAACUGAAGAGAAAGAAUGUUUCGAUUUAGAAAAUGCAUCUUUCAUAUUUUUAGACGACAACGUGGUCGUAGAAAGCAACAUCGCUUUUCCCAUUCAUCCUGAUGAAGUAGUACCUAACUUUGAAGACUGUUUAACUGAUAUAACCAAUACUACUUCCACUACUUGUGAUAUAGGAGUUCCAAACCAAGUCGAAUAUAAGCAAACAGAUCGUCUUGUUCCUUACGAAGAUUCGAGUGAUGAAGAUCAUGUCAUAGAAAACAUUGCAAAUGAAGUUGAGAAAACUGUAGAAGACGACCAUGAAUCAAAUGAUGUGCAAGAUAGUAGUACUUCAUAUGAACCCGAAAAAGAUGAUGCCAAUAAAUUAGAAGAAACUGUCAUAAAUGAAACAGAAGAAGUGAACGAAAAUGAAUAUGAUCAAGGUAGAAAACGAAGGCGUAAGGCGGAAAAAGAAGAAUGGGUCCGAAAUAAAAACAAAAGACUUCGAAUGCAGGGAAAAGCGUACAUAGGAUUUACUAAAAAAAGAGGAGAAAAAAUUAAACAGGACUGUCCACGGAGUGAAAGACGUUUAAAAGAGACAUGUACAUCAAAGAAAUGUAGAAUAUCUAAAGUCAGAUAUUGCUCAGAAUUUACGGAUGACUGCAGAAGAAACAUUUUUGAACGUUUUUGGCGCAUGAAUUGGGAACAAAGGAAGGUUUUUAUUGCAUCUCACGUUUUUAAAACCCCAACAUUUAGAAAAGGCAAAGAGAACUCAAGGAGAUUAGGCACCUACACGUAUUACCUAAACGAUGGAAAUGAAAACUUACAAGUAUGUCGGUCCAUGUUUAUUAAUACGUUGGACAUCGGGUAUAAAACUGUUCAAUACUGGGUAGAUAAUAGUUCAUAUGGUAUGACGAAAGGGAAUGAGAAUAGAAUUUCUGCUAAGGAAGUCGUUAAGCAAAGGUAUGCAGAAAGUUACAAGUUUUUAGACGAGUUUUUCAAAAGUUUACCUAAACUUCCUUCUCAUUAUUGUCGGCGCGAUACUUCAAAGCUGUAUUUGGAAUACACUUUUCAAAAUAUGAACCAGUUAUAUGAAGUGUAUGUGAAUAAUUUUUGCAAAGACAGAAACAUCACUCCAUUGGGUCGUAAUGUGUUUUCAAAAACGUUUAAAGAAAAAAACUUGGCGCUAUACUCACCGAAAAAGGAUCAGUGUAAUGUUUGUUUUUCAUUCAAAUAUGGAAAUGUCACAGAAAAUGAAUACAGGCAUCACAUCCUAAGGAAAGAUGCUGCUAGAAUGGAAAAACAAAAAGAUAAAGAAAAAGCUGAGAAAGAUGAAAUUAUUACAUUGACUAUGGAUUUACAGGCAGUAAAACUAUGCCCAUAUCUUCCGGCGAACAAAAUUUACUUCAAAACAAAACUAUGUUGCCAUAACUUCACCAUAUUUGAUUUAAAAACACGAAACGUUAUGUGCUAUUGGUUUUCCGAAAAUGAAAAUAGAUUACUUAAAGCAUCUACUUUUACCACCUGCAUUAUAGACUAUUUGGAAGAAAAUUGCAUAACUCCAAUGAAAAAGCCAAUUGUAUUGUAUUCGGACGGAUGUGGUUACCAGAAUCGUAACAAUGUCUUGGCCAACGCUUUACUCAAUUUUGCAAUGAAACACGAAACUUUUAUUUUUCAAAAAUACUUAGAACCAGGUCACACCCAAAUGGAGUGUGACUCUGUACAUAGUGUGAUAGAAAGACGUCUUAAGCACAAAGAAAUUCAUUUACCAAGUGACUAUGUGACAAUAUCAAAAGAAGCUCGAAAAACCCCCACGCCAUAUAAAACUAAAAUGCUGGAGUACUCAUUUUUUAAGGAUUAUUCCGCUUCCAAAUUUUUGCGAUACACUUCUUUAAGACCAGGUCGUAAGACUUCUGACCCUGUGAUUAAUGAUAUUAAGUGCAUUAGGUAUAAUCCACAAGGAACCAUAGAUAUUAAACUGGAUUAUGGCCAAGAUUUAUUUAAUGAGCUUCCUUGCAGGCCAAAAUGUAUGCCUCCUAUUAUGAACUAUCCUCAGUUACUGCAGGGACCUUCUAAAAUUGCUUUGGAUAAAUGGAACCACCUUCAAGAACUUAAACUCGUUCUGCCAAAAGACACACAUGCUUUCUACGAUAAUAUUUUACAUGAAUAAUUCUCCUCGCCAAUUUAUUUUUUUUAGUGAUUAUGAAAC